GUGGGGUUGGGGGGGGGCACAGUUCUAGAGUAGCCGACGCGGGGAGUGGAGAAAGGGGUAAACAGUGGGGAAAGGGCUGUCACUGGAGACUGGGGCAGUCUCCGAACCUCCAGUCAACUCUCAGUGUGCAUCCUCCUCUCUGCCCUCUCGCUCCUCUCUGCCUCCCGGCUCUCUCCUCCUCUCUGCAUCUGCUCUGUUUCCCGUCAACCUUGUGCGGGCUCGUGGUGAGGCGGCGUCCUCCGAACACCCAUCGCCUGAAGCAAUAAACUGAAAUAGUUUCCUCCGAAAAAACACGCGACACGCCGAGACCCAACCGUCACCAUGGAGGCCAUCAAGAAGAAGAUGCAGAUGCUGAAGUUGGACAAGGAGAACGCCAUCGACAGGGCAGAACAGUCCGAGUCGGACAAGACGGCGGCGGAGGACAAAUGCAAGCUGCUGGAGGAUGAGCUGCUCGCUCUGCAGAAGAAGCUGAAGGGAACCGAGGAUGAGCUCGACAAGUACUCGGAGGCCCUGAGGGACGCUCAGGAGAAACUGGAACUGUCGGAGAAGAAGGCCGCGGAUGCGGAGGGCGAUGUGGCAUCUUUGAACCGCAGGAUCCAGCUGGUGGAGGAGGAGUUGGACCGCGCUCAGGAGCGACUGGCCACGGCCCUGCAGAAACUGGAGGAGGCUGAGAAGGCUGCAGACGAGAGUGAAAGAGGCAUGAAGGUGAUUGAGAACAGGGCGAUGAAAGAUGAGGAGAAGAUGGAGAUCCAGGAGAUGCAACUGAAAGAAGCGAAACACAUUGCUGAGGAGGCGGACCGCAAAUACGAGGAGGUCGCCCGUAAACUGGUGAUCCUCGAGGGUGAGCUGGAGAGGGCAGAAGAGAGGGCAGAGAUUUCAGAACUCAAGUGUGCUGACCUGGAAGAAGAGCUGAAGAACGUCACCAACAACCUCAAGUCGCUAGAGGCGCAGUCUGAUAAGUACUCUACGAAAGAAGACAAGUAUGAGGAGGAGAUCAAAAUCCUGAAUGACAGACUCAAGGAGGCUGAAACCCGUGCAGAAUUUGCGGAGAGGUCUGUGGCUAAACUGGAAAAGACCAUAGAUGACCUGGAAGACGAACUGUACACUCAGAAGCUCAAAUACAAGGCGAUCAGCGAGGAGCUGGAUCAGUCCCUCAAUGAUAUGAACACCUUGUAAACCUUGCGAGUAGUUCGCAAUAUUCUCGCUUUCCCGUUCUCUCCCCUCGGCCGCCUGCAAGCACUUUGUCUUUUUUCUCUUCUCCCUUUGCUGUCACUGCCCCUUGCCCCUUUUGCAUGAAACUGAAGCUCAAUAAAGAUAUUUAUCUCUUUUAUUCUGUCUUCUGUCAUUUGAGUUCUGCCUGUUUUUCUAUAUUCACUGAUUGUUACAAAGAGGUCAAAUUGGUCGAUUAUAGAGAAGUUUUUCUUGUGGAAUUUCCUCUGUAAUCCUAUAUUAAUAGAUCACUCAUUGCUCUUAGUUAUUAUGUUCACCGAUAAAGCCAUUAUGUUUUAUGAUCUACUUUUUAUUGCAGAGAACCUAUCGAAAGAAAAAGAGCAAAACGUUGAAAUGCAUCAAGUCCUGGACCAAACACUGCGGGAGCUGAAUAGCUUGUAAAACGCCAAGAAGAACAUCAAGCAAAUUAAAAAAUAAAAGCAAACAUUUGUUUUGCUAAAUGUUUUCUACAUGCCAUCCAAUGUCAGUAAAUUUCUCUCGUAAUCUUUGAUAUUAAAACAAACAUACCCCUUUUAUAUAUUUAUGGUUCUUUUUUUUGUUGUUUUCCUAUCUCUAAAACCGGUUUUGGGUCCAUAUGCUAAUUAGUGUUGGUGCUGGAAAUUGUGUUUGUAGAAUGAACUCAGAGCACAAAUUAAACUGAUUAAGCGAG